AUGCUUUUCUGGAUCACCUUCCUCGCCUGGCUCGCUGUCUGCGUCAGCUUCGGUUCUGCCGCACCUGUCGAACAAUCAGUCAACAGCACCAUCGUCUCAGCAUGGGAUGUAUACCCCUACUCCCUUCAAAUUCACCUAUUGCGGUCCUCUCCAAUCCAAAGCUACAAGUGGGUCAUCUUCCCAGGACCUAGCGGCGUUCGCGUGAACCCAUGUGGCGACAACCGCUUUGAGCAAGUCUACCAAGGCGAUGGUUUUGGCGCGCUAUUCGACGUCAUGCGCCAGCCUAUUUGGCCUGCGAGAUAUGACGAGGAAGGUCGAGCGUUGCCGGCCACCACCCUCACCAUGGCCAAAUGGUCCACCCUCCUCCUCGCCCUCAUGGCCACCGCCCUCAUCUUCGUCUCCACAUCCGCCGCCAAGCCCAUCCGCCUCAUGUGCACCGAAGUCCCCGAUGACGAUUCCGGCGACAUCUCUACGUCCGACAAGCCCAACAACCCCGAACCAGAGAGCGCCAAGCACUCAGUCCAGAUUCUGCUCUCCCUCGCCAACGAUCGUGACUAUAACUGGAUACUCUUCCAAGGCCCGGCCAAGAUCCCUGUGAGCCCUUGUCCUACGUAUCCGAAGCCAUUCGAAGCUGUUUCCAUGUCGCCUAGUAUUCACUACCCAAAGGACACUAUCAAGCAACCUCCUGGUCCUCCGGCUAUGUCACUCGACAUGGACCCCUGGGACGGCCGUACAAACUGCAAGUGGGUGACUACAGGCGGUAACGAUGCUGGCUUGGUCCAAUGUGAUGAUUACGCUUCUAGCUGUGCGAAGGACGGACAGUUUAUGGAUGGCCCUAUUUACUGUCAGGGUGUGUUCUUUCACCGCGCGUUUGCUUGCGAGUUCUAG